AAACACCAAUAAUAUUGAUGGGAUUUUGUAUGAAGGGACUGAUAAAAAUGAAGAUAAUAAUAAUCCUUUAAAAACUACUACAGGAGGAGAACCAAAACAAAGAAAACUCUAAAGCAUAAUUUGUGGAAAGCAAGCAGCUCCUCCGUGUUGUGCGUCACCCCUCCACAGAUCUCAGAAUCUCGAAGACUCGACAGACAGACAGACACACAGGCACAGACCGUUGCUUGGUGAGUGUGCCCGCCGCACCUCAGUGACCCUGCUGCUGGUCUGUGACGCUCGCCAUGGACCCCGCCAGGAUACUGCAGAUCAUCACCAACAGCACCUGGAUGGUCACCAAGCUGGUGGGCAGCGACCCGGUGGAGUUCCAGCAGCCGGAGUAUGAGGUGACGGUUCCUGAGAACACCCGCGCUGACCACCUGCUGCGGCUGUCUGCCAGGGUGCGGGCCACAGGUGAGACAGUGCAAUACAAAUUGGUGCAGGGCAAUGAAGCCGGUCUGUUUCCACCUCGACCCAACCUCAGGCAGCCUCUCGCUCCUACGCCCUCUUGACUACGAGCUGCAGCAACAGUACGAGCUAGUGGUGGAGGCUGUGGCGGGCGAGGCAAGGACCGAGACGCGGGUGCUGGUGAAGGUAGACGAUCAGAACGACCACGCGCCGGUGUUCCUGCGGGCCCUGCACGAGACCCAGAUCACCGAGGAGGACAACAGACACCUGCCCAAAGUCAUACUCAAGCAAGUGACGGCGGUGGACGGGGACGCGGGUCGGUUCGGCAAGCUCGCUUACACCAUCUCCGGGGACGGCAUGUUCACCAACGGGUCGCGGCCUUGCUUCUCCGUGGACGCCGCUUCGGGGACCGUGCUGCUCCUCAGGCCCCUGGACCGCGACCCUCCCCACGGGCGGCCUCAGUGGCGCUUGCGGGUGACGGCCACGGACGGUGAGCUUGAGGCGCACACCGACAUCCGUGUUAACCUUAAGGACGCCAAUGACAACGCGCCCUUUUUCCCCUCCCGCACCACCACCGCCACCGUCUCCGAGGACACACCCCUCGGGUCGUUAGUGACGCGCGUGGAGGCCACGGACUACGAUGACCCUGAGGAGGGAGACAACGCCAAGGUGACGUUCUCGCUGGAGAAGAACGCGAUCGACGAGUCGAGCGGCCGUCCCAUCUUCGCGAUCGACAGCGAGCUGGGCGUCAUCACCACGGCGCUGUGCUGCCUCGACCGGGAGAAGACCCAGCGCUACGUCAUUCAAGUGGUGGCGACCGACGGCGGCGGCCUCAAGGGAACGGGAACGGUGGUGGUGGACGUGGACGACGUGAACGACGUGCCUCCGAGAUUCUCGCGGCCCGAGUGGACGCUGGACGUGUCUGAGAGCCUCGACCCCGACAACGUGCUGGCCACACUCACCGUCGUGGACCAAGACGUCACCAACGACUUCGCCUACAGGGUGGUGCCGGGCAGCGGGCGAGGAUGGCAAAUGUUCCGCGUGAAGGCCGCGACUGGAUCCCUGCCCGGCGGAAACCUGAGGUCGGUGGAGUCACUUGACUACGAGGAUCCCGACCACCGGCAGGGCUUCCACUUCAACGUUCAGGUGACAGACAUGGGGGAGGCUGGGUGGGAGCGGAAGGAUCACGUGUCCGAGACAAGGGUGAGGCUCAAUGUGGUUGACGAGAACGACAACGACCCUGUGUUUAGUGAGGACGUCAUCCACUUAACUCUCCCCGAGGACACUCCGCGGGGCUCCCUCCUCGCCUCCUUCACCGCCCUCGAUCCGGAUAUUGGUGGCGAUAGCCGUGUUCAGUACCAGGUGGCUUCAGCCAGCGACCCUGGCCACAAAUUUGAAGUGGACGAGACCGGGGCACUUCACCUGGUGGGAGGGAUGGAUCGGGAAGCCACGGACACCCAUAGGGUGAUGGUGUGGGCGGUGGACGACGGGGUGCCGCCCAGGACGGCCACCGCUACCCUGGCAAUCAACGUGACAGACGUGAACGACAACCCGCCGUUCCUGUCUGAGCCUCGCGAGGUGCAGGUGACGGAGAACAGCGAGGCACAGCUGGUGGCGCGGGUCAAGCUGGGUGACCCCGACGACUGGCGGCAGGGUCACGGGCCCCCUUUCACCAUCUCCCUGGACCCCCGCGCGCCGCCCCACGUCACCGACAGCGUCAGAGUCACGCUGGACAGGAGAGGGGACGACGGGCGGGGCGUGGGCGUGGUGUGGACGCGGGCGGCGCUGGACCGAGAGGAACGUCCCGUCCUGCUGGUGCCCCUGGUGGUGGGCGACGCCGGGUGGCCGUCCCUCACCGCCACCGUCACCCUCACCCUGCACGUGGCCGACGUCAACGACAACCCCAUGGCGCCCGCCGCCAAGACCGUCACCGUGCACACCAUGCAGCGGCAGGGAACGACGGUGCCCCUGGGACGCGUGUACGUACAAGACCCGGACGACUGGGACGCUGCGGCCAAAUCCUACGCCUGGAGACAGCCCAAGGCUGGCUUCUUUCUCGACACCUCCAGUGGUCACCUCACCAUGGCACCCUCCACCCCAGACGGACGAUAUGACCUUGGCUUUAUAGUGAGCGACAAAAGCCAUAAUCAGAGUGACGUGGAGGCAAAUGUUACUGUUCAAGUCAGAUGUCUGCAACCCAACCACCUUCUUUAUUCCACGCCCCUCACACUGCCCAUCAACGCUGACACUGUUGUAAGGCACAGGGGUGUGGAAGAAACCUCCAUCUUAACUCGAAUACUGGCUGCCGUGCAGGAGUGGGUGGGAACGAAACACAGAGAUGUUCAAGUACUGUCAGUGGAGCCGAUCGAAGAAGAAAAAAUUCAAACUACACGUGUGUGGCUGUCAGCUGUGGGAAUCAUGAACUUUGACCACAUUUUGUUAUAUCACAAAAAUGAGCUGAGUGCAGCAAUAGGAAUCACCGUGCAGGACGUGGGCACGGUCACAUGCCGGGAAAACAUUACUCCCUCGCUAGACGCCGUGGCGGAGGAGAGGUGUGUGGGCGGCUGCUGGGUGGGGCUUGCUGACGACUUCAGUGUGGUAGACGCCAACUCUUCCGCGGUGGUGGGGCCGCGGGUGGUGGUGCGCGGCCCCUGUGGCUGUACCAGCUCCACCACGCCGGUUCAAAUCAGAUCCUGCGCGCCUAAUACCUGCCUCAACGGCGGCAGGUGCCUCAGUACCUCUUCGGGCACUCGAUGUAUAUGUCCUUAUGGCACGUGGGGACCGCGCUGUAAGAUGCUCUCCAGAUACUUCAAGGGUAAAGGAGGUGGGCAGGAAGCUGGUGCUACAGAAACCUCAGAGGAAGCGUGGGCGUGGGUGCCUCCCAUCCCACCCUGCACUGAGGUGUACGUGAGUCUGGAAAUGUUGAGCACGACGGAGUCAGCUGCACUGCUCUACUCCGGUCCGGAACAGAACACCGAGCCAAGCAAACGUGACCUGCUGCUGCUGGAGCUGCGUCAGGGGCAGCCGGUGCUGCUACUGGACCUAGGUGGCGGCCCCGUCACUCUCACCCUUAACUCCUCCUCCUCCCUGGCUGACAACACGUGGCACAGGAUAGACCUCAUCUGGAAGGACGAGCUCGUGGAGAUGGUCGUGGACCUGUGUGUGGGCGGCAGCUGGAACGAGCCGCUGACGUCUUUUCCGGCCGUCCACAACACGUCCACUCCAGUCCUCCCUGAUGUCCACGCGUGUCGAGGCACCGCUACCCUGCCGCGAAAAGCCCGUGUACUCAACACAGGCGGGAUGCUUCAAGUAGGCGGCUUGGCACACCCUCUGCCGGCUCUCCUCGUGGGAAGGGAUGAAGCUCCCAUUCCGCUACACUUUCGUGGGUGCAUAAAAAAUCUCAGAGUCAACGGGGAGCUGGUGGACCUGGGUGGCAAGAUACUCAGCAGAGGCAGCUCUCCAGGUUGUGCUGCUGCGGACUGCCUUGCCAAUCAACUCCACUGCGGCCCGCAUGGCAGAUGUCAGGGAUCACCGGGGUCCCUGCGGUGUGAGUGCCAGCCAGGGUGGGGCGGCCCGGGCUGUGCCUCGCCCACCACGCCCACCACCUUUCUUCCCAACAGCUACGUCAAGCUGGCCCUCUCCUUCUCACCGCUGGCCUACACCACCUCCAUCACCCUCAGGUUCCGCACCCUGAGGAGGAGAGGCGAGCUGGUGGUGCUGUCAUCACAACACGGGCGGGACAGUUGGUCUAUGCAACUGGUGGACGGCCGCCUGUGUGCAGUGUUGCAUCUCCAUCCUCGACCCCAAGCUUCACUGUGCCUCACAAAAGCUGCCCUCACCGAUGGCCGAUGGCACUCCGUCUCCGCCACCAGGUACGGUUCGGCAACCUUCCUAGAAGUGGACGACGGGGACGGCGACCUGUACAACGCCUCGCUGGUGCUGGAGGGAGAGCAGCUGUUGGAUGUGGACAAGCAGGAGGGCGUCCGUGUGGGCGGGUCUCCAUACUUCCAGGAGAAAGGAGUUCUUAAAAUACACAACGAUUAUUUUGAUGGCUGCAUCGAUGAUCUGCGCAUCUCAGAUCGUAGCGCACCGCUAGCACCGGCUGUCAACAGCACACCCUGGGGCCAAGCGAGCGUCUUCAAGGGUGUGGAGCAAGGCUGUGUCGCCCCCUCGUCAUGCACCAAUGUGUCUUGCAGACCACCACUCUCCUGCACAGAUACCUGGAGGUCCUACCACUGCGGAUGUGGGGAGGGCCGCGUGCUGAGAAGGGGCCGCAUGAUGUGCGAGGACGAAGAUGAGUGUGUGUGGCAACCUUGCCUGAACGGAGGCUCCUGCUUCAACACUCAGCCAGGCUACGUGUGCUCCUGCCCGGCGGGGUUCAGUGGACAGCACUGCCAGCUGUCUGACGUGGGCCAGACCUCCCUCAAGCUGCCCGUGGGCGUCCUGGUCACCAUCGUCGUGUGGUGCAUUUUUCUCGUGUUGCUGGUGUGUGCUUUCCUGCUCCACCAACACCGCCGCAGUGCACUACGCAGGGGAAUGACAGACACUAAGGAUAAUGCCGUGGACUGCAAGGACCAGGUGGCAGCGCCGUGCAGUCACACACCCAACCUGUUGGAGAUGCAGCUGCUCAAGCCACCCAGAGCCAAUGGCCAGCCUGCCUGGACCAGGAACCCCAACAUUGCAGACGUGGACGUGCUGCAGGUGGAUGUAGUGUUACCUGCCAACACAAGGGAAGAGGACGGCAGCCGCGUUUCCCCGUCGUCCUAUGGAGGAUGCAACCGUCAGGAUUCGCUCAGCAGGAGGGCAAGCAAGAGCAGUACCGUACUUGACCCAAAUGAUCUGAAAAACUACGAGUACGAGGGUGAAUGUGCCUUCCCUGGAUCACUCACUACCCGUGCGUGACGGUAAAUAGGCAGAAACAGGAGGUGCUCAGGGUGACCAUGACUCAUCUCUGCGCCGCCCCGCUACGGGGAUCACAUGCACUUUCUCGCCGAGCGUCGCGGUUCUUCCUCCCUGGUCGUCUUACCGGAAGGUAACCCCACGUGGCUGGUAGGCUCAACAGAGGUGAGCUACAGACACUCCCGAACUGCUGCCGAUUAGACGUCUCCGCCAGAACGCUUUGUGAAGGACCUGAAUAUCCCUCGGGAUGUUGAUGAUGUUCUAAUAAAUACAUUAAGGAGGAGGGAGUGGGAUGGGAGUUACUUCUGUUGCAAGAAAUGAGUUCGCCGCUUGCGCCUCCGACGGAGUUGGUUCUCUGGAAUGUUGUACUGGUUAGACAGAGCCUUAGCGCCGCCGUGAGAGACAGCCUGACAGCCUGAGCUGUCAACCCUGACAGCCUGACAAGGUGGCGGGGAGUGGCAAGUGGCUGCUCACCACCUUUACUUUCGUCCAACACAGUGAAGCACCAUGCCCUCCAAGCACCACGAGAACGCCGGUGUUGCAGUGGAAUAGACUUGUGGCCGUCACACUUAGUAGAGUCCCGUUGAGUUCAAACAAUUAUAUUUCCCUAAGACUUUUGUACUUUCUCCAUGAUAACUAAACAUAUCCCUUAUUUUUUAUGUUCAAGGCAGCAUCAUGAAAACAAUGUGAAAAUAAUCAUAACAGAUUUGGCGUACCCAAAAGAUCUAAGAAAAGUCUGAUAAGUGAGGCUCCUUCCAGGCGAAGCUUUCCCUGGCGUUGUGUCAAGUAUGGUUCCAGUACCGCAAACAGCCAGUGCUCCGUCUUGCAGUCAAGUGGUAUGAUUAUGUGAUGGAAGACAAAGGACUUUGUUUCGUCUAGAAUGAACACAAACUACAGACAGUUCACACAACGCCAUGAUGGUUGAUAUCUUAACACAAAGCACUCUGGGUGAGGAGGCAGCCGUUCACCUGCCCCUUGGCACGGCCUUUCUGCACCACGCAUCUUAACUAAUUUCUAUGGGCUUACUGACGCGUGCUGGAACGUGUAUUCAGCAUGGACAGUUAGUUUUGAUAUUAUAUUUUUUCUUACAAAUCUUAUAUGUACGUGAGAGUAUUUCAAGUGUCUGUGUGAAAUUUGUAUGCCGUCAUGUAUGUGCAUCCUUCUUGGCUUGUGCUGCUGAGAAGGGAAUGGUACAAAGCUGGGAACCUGCAUAUAAUACAUUAA